CUCGACUGGACCCGCAUCCCCUCUCCCGCCAUGUCCGCCCACAUGCAUUUGAUCCGCAACUUCCCCUGGCAAGACACGACCAUUGGCAGCAUCCACUCCUGGCCUGAUGCUCUCCGCCAAGCCGUCCUCUCCAUCAUGGCCAACCCAGACCCCCGUCUGCUGCUCUGGGGAGACGACCACAUCAUGAUCUACAACGAGUCCUGUAUCUCCAUGUUCGGCGAACGUCACCCGCGCGCUCUCGGCUCCAGGGCUGAAGACACUUGGUCCGACAUCUGGUCCGACAUGCAGCACUUGAUCAAGUACGUUCAGAUUGAAGGACGAGGCACCCGCUUGAAUAAACUGCCCUUGGUCAUGGAACGCAAUGGAUACCCCGAGGACACCUUCUGGUCUUUCAACCUGAUCCCAAUUGUCGGCCCCAACGGAAACACGAUUGGUGUCAUGGACGAGUUCUCUGAAGUCACAGAACAGGUUGUUAGCGAUCGUCGCCGGGAUACCAUUGUCAAGAUCAACAGGUCAAUUGCCAAAGUCAACAGCAUCAAGGAGUUGUGGUUCGAAUUUCUCGAGGGCCUGGAGCCUUGCAAGGAUGACAUUCCUUAUGCCCUUCUUUACACAAACCACGCUGCCGCUGCUACCGAUCCCUCGAUACCAGACAGCAUCUCGGCCAGUUCCGGUUUCAGUCCACAGCGCUACGCCCUCGAAGGUUCCAUCGGCCUCGCUGCUGGCCAUCCUGCCGUGCCUUUGACUUUUGAUCUUGCCGACUGCGCAAAUGAUCAAAAUCCUCUUGCUCGUGCCUGUUACAAAGCCUGGAAGUCUGACGACGUCGUUGUCCUGCAAGUCAAAGACGGCACUCUGCCAGAAUCUCUCAAUCAAGGCGUCCCUGGCCGAGCUGCUGGUGACAAAGUUCAGACCGUCUGUAUUGUUCCUUUACCUGACAUGACUGGGAAUCACACAAUGGCCUUCCUCACUCUGGCAAUGACUCCACGUCGACCAUACGAUUCUGAAGCCGCCAUGUUUGCCUAUUACCUCCGUGAUAUACUCGUCAAGUCUGCAUCAGCCAUCUGUCUUCCCGAAGAACAACGCCGCGCUCGCCAAAAGUUUGAACAGAUAGAAGCUUCUUUGGCUCAACAGCUUCGUGCCACCACACUCGAAACCGAGCGUCUUGAAAGUCGGUACGCACGCAUGGCCCAGAUGGCUCCCAUAGGAAUGUAUGCCAUCACGCCAGACUCACGUACAACUUUCCACAACAAAGCCUACCUGGAUAUCACUGGUAUCACUGAAGCCUCAAUUGAAGCCCAGACCGAUCCUUCCGACGGUCUUGGUUGGGGCGAUAGAAUCCAUGAGGACGAUCAAGCCAAGGUCGGUGAAGCAUGGGUAGCCUUGGCCGAGCGAGGCAUUCCACUGAAUCUUGAGUACCGCAUCAAGAAAGAUUGGAAGUAUAUUGAUGAAGCAACCGGCCUCGAAAUGAAUGGCGAGACUUGGCUCCAAGGUACAGCUAUAGCUGAGAUUGGCAUUGAUGGCUCUGUGGUCGCGGUACAAGGCUUUGUCACGGAAAUCUCUCUGAAGAAAGCUUCAGAACGUCUGCUGAGCGAGAAACUCGAGGAUGCUCUUGAACACAAACGUCAGGCCGACCGGUUCAUCGACAUGACUUCCCACGAGAUGCGCAACCCACUUUCGGCCAUCUUGCAAUCUGCCGAUGGUAUUCUGACGACCCUGGAAAACAAUAAUCGCUUGGGCAUCAUGUCUGGGAUAACAACUUUCAGCAGUGAUGCACUCGAAACCGUUCUUGAUGCGGCUCAAACCAUCAUUCUUUGCGCUCAACAUCAGGGACGUAUCGUGGAUGACAUUUUGACUUUGAGCAAGCUUGACUCAAAUCUGCUUGUUGUAUCACCAGAUACAGUAGACAUGCCGUCCCUGCUGGAGAAAUGCUUCAAGAUGCAUGAAGCAGAACUGAUCAGAGCCAAGAUUGGAAUUAGCCUGCGUAUUCACGAGGGUUUCCGCAACCUGGCUGUCGGAAAAGUUAUGCUAGAUUCCAGUCGCUUACUGCAGGUCAUCAUCAACCUUCUGACCAACGCCAUCAAAUUCACACAAUUUGCCAGCCACAAGGAAAUUACUGUCCAUCUUGACGCCUCCUCAACCCGACCUAAGGAAGGCAUGUAUGGAGCCCCCUAUGUCCCUUUCCGCGCGAACAGACCUGAACACCACUUUACGGCAGAAUGGGGAACUGGCGAUGAAAUUUUCCUGUCGAUAUCAGUUCAAGACAGCGGAAAGGGCAUGAAUGAGGAAGAGCUAAAAUUGCUUUUCAACCGCUUCUCUCAAGCCAGCCCAAAAACUUACAAGCAAUAUGGAGGCAGUGGUCUCGGUCUCUUCAUCUCGAGAGAACUCACAGAUCUUCAAGAUGGCCAGAUUGGUGUACACAGCGAGCCUGACCGAGGCAGUACUUUCAGCUUUUACAUCAAAGCCAGAAGAGCAGUGGACGAAGACGAGACCGUGGCAGAAGGGAGAUUGACCACUCCAACACUCAACACAUCUGUCACCUACACCCGCGACCCUGCUUCCAAUGCUCUCGAAGCAAGUGUUGACAACGCGCAACACGACAAUACUCAGCAUGUGAUUCGCAAAAUGGCUGCAAUAUCCAAUGACCUUGCCGAAGACAAGCCACACCUGCAUGUCCUUGUAGUAGAGGACAAUAUCAUCAAUCAGAGGGUCAUGGCUCAGCAACUACGCCGGUUAGGUUGUACAGUACACCUCGCAAACCACGGUCUUGAAGCUCUAGAGUUUCUUCGCAAAACCUCUUUUUGGGCAUAUCACCCUCCUCCGUCACGAAAUGAGGAAGCACCAAGUCCGAGGACCGUGCCGCACUCAAACACUAUCCCUCUCUCUGUCGUCCUCAUGGACCUCGAGAUGCCUGUCCUCGGUGGCCUCGAAACAGUCAAGAGAAUCAGAUGUCUGCAGAGCGAAGGCAGUAUCAUCAGUCAUGUCCCCGUUAUUGCUGUAACGGCCAACGCGAGGAGUGAGCAGAUCGCUGUUGCCAUUGAUCAUGGCAUGGACAGCGUUGUGACGAAACCUUUUAGAAUUCCUGAGCUGGUUCCUCAGAUGGAGGAUCUGGUCGAACGAGUACAGCAAGGUAAGACUGGCAGGUCUUCUGUCGCGAAAGGAUGA